GAGGGGCCCCGCGGGCUGGGGAGGGGGCGCGCGCCCUGCGGUCUCUGCGCCGCAUCGGUUCCCGGCGCGGGGUCGCGGCGGCGGCGGCGGCGGGAGGCGGAGGAUGCGGGCUCCGGCGGCGGCGGCGCGGGCCCGGGAGGACGCGGGAGGAUGAGGAGGAGGCCGGCGGUCCGGCCGCGCGGCGCCGGGAGGAGGCGCAGGCGGCGGGGGCGGCGGCGGGCGGCGGCGGGCGCGCGGGGUGCGGGCCGGCUCGGGCGCGGAGGAUGAAGUGGAGCGUCCGCGGGGCCUGCGCCGCGCUCUCCUCCUGCCUCCUGCUCGCCUGCGCGCUCAGCGCCGCCGCCGUCGGCCUCAAGUGCUUCUCGUUGGGCUCGGAGCUGCGCGGGGAGCCGUUCCGCCUGGGGGCCGCCGCCGGCGCCUUCUACUCCGGGCUGCUGCUGGCCGCCGGCCUCUCGCUGCUCGGCGCCGCCCUGCUCUGCUGCGGACCCCGGGACGCGCCCCUCGCGGGGUCGGAACCGGGCCCGGGUUUGGGGGUCCCCGCGGCGCCGGCAGGCGCUCCCGAGGCCGCGCCGGGCGAGUCGGGGGCCGCGGCCGGGGCCCCGGGGCCGGUGAGCAGCCAGAACCUGCUUCUGCUUGGCGUCCUGGUCUUCAUGCUCGGGGUCCUCAGCGCAUUCGCGGGCGCCGUGAUCGACGGCGACACCGUGUCCCUGGUGGAGCGCAAGUACUCGCACUACUGCCUGCCCCCGCGGGCGCCAGGUUCGAGCCCCGGCUCGGCCCCGGGUUCAACCCCCGGCUCGGCGCCGGGCUCGGCCCCCGGCGCCCCGCGCGCUCGCAGCACCCUGGACAGCGCCACGUCCGCCAAGUGCCGCCAGCUGAAGGACUACCAGCGCGGCCUGGUGCUCUCCACCGUCUUCAACUCGCUUGAGUGCCUGCUGGGCCUGCUCAGCCUCCUGCUCGUCAAGAACUACAAGUCGUCGCAGGCCCGGCGCGGUCGGCGCGGCAGGCGGAGGGGAGGCCGGGCCCUGGCGCGGCCCCGCGGCGGCUCCGGGCUCCGCGCGCAGCCGCCCGCCUCUCGGGCGCGCCGGGGCCGGCGGGGCCGGCGGGGGCGGCGGCUGCAGCAGCGGCCGAGCGAGGCCUCCAUCCUGUCCCCGGAGGAGUCGGACCUGGCCGCCCCCGGGGACUGCGCGAGCUUCGCGGCGCACCACGCGGUCUCCUACAUCAACGUAGGCGUCCUCCACGCGCUGGACGAGGCGGGCGCGGAGGUGCGCUGCGGGGGGCACCCGUCGGUGGAGCUGCCGGGGUACGCGCCCUCGGACCCCGACCUCAACGCCUCCUACCCCUACUGCUGCCGGCCGCCCUGCGAGACGCCGCGGCCCUGGGAGACCCAUCGGGCCUGCUGAGCCCGCGGGCCGGACCCCCAUCCCGCGGACCGCGCUUGCGUUCCACCCACCCCGCCCCGCUCAGGACCCCCGCGGCAAGGGAGGACGGGCAGCGGGGCGGGGUCCAGGGCCAGGCCUCAGGGGCGCCGCCUCUUCCACGUGGCUUUGCAGCCUCCGGCCUGGCCCCCUCUGCGGGCUCCGUGACCACAGGAGGGGGCCCCUGAUGUGACCAUUUCUGUAUCUGGGAGGUUUCUCUUCUUAUUUGUGUCGUUCAUAUCUGGAUUCCAUUUUCAAGUUUACAAUAAAUGUUUGGGCUUGGCUAGCCCGACUGCACUUUUCUUGGCAAGUCCAAACCCUGGGGCUGCUCUGCCUGGUGGUCCGAGGCGAGGGGGACAGAGCGAGCGCCCCAGGACGGCGACUUCCCACGGAGGAAGAGCAGACAGAGACGCAGAGCAGCUGGUAAUUCAGAAAGAAGAAGUGAGAACACCCAACAGCAACACUUUGUACACGGAUGUGCCUGCUUUUGUUGAUACUUUCUUACUGUAAAGCUCUCCAUAAAUAGUGAAAAUGUUUGGUAAAUUUAUUGCAAUUUAAAAUUGGUGAGUUCCUUUAUUAAAUUAAUUGCUAUGUUA